GGUUGUCCCAAAAAAACGUUGCUUAUUUAUUUGUGUUUAUUAAAUAGUGACUUUAAGACUAUAGUGAUUACAAAUUAAUGUCUACAUUAGUGCAUUGUGUUUAGAGACAUACGCAAAGAAGAAAGGUAUGAUAAGCUGCGCAUCCCCCGCCGGCAUGCCGCCAGCGCCGCACUCCGCUCACACCCAGCCUUGGGGUCCCCUUCUUCAACCGCCUGCUGUGAAGGCGGAACCAAUGGACGAUGCCAGCUAUUCAAAAGAACAAACCAGUGGAUUUUACUCCGAAGGGUUUCACAGCGCCUCUCCUUCAUCCUCUAGUAAGGACUCCAACGGUCACUCCCCACGCAGCGUCGGCAGCGCUGGAGAACCAUCGCCUUUCUAUGAUAACCUGCCGCUUAAAGCCAAGGCCAAUUUAGGAGUACAUUUAGAUUCAUACCGCGGUGGAGUACCUUACAGCUUACUUACACCUCCGAGUUUCGAGCAUCGAACAAACGAUGGACGUGAACCAUCACCAGGUUUUGAUACUUCAUACUCCCCGAGAUCACUAGUACCGCCUGCUCACGUUUCCACGCCCCUAGCUCGUGCAGAUGCUACACCUCCAAAAUCACCCAGAACACCUUCCUCGCCAGAACGGGAUCACGAGAGACGAUCAUUUGAAAGAUUUCACGAUUCUGGAUUUGAUGGUGUUCAGAAUAAACAAGAUAUUGACGAUGGUCGCGAUGGGUCAGGCCUUGAGGAUGACUUUGAUGAGGAACCAGGACUCAGGGUUCCAGCUGUAAAUUCUCAUGGUAAAGUGAAAACAUUCAAAUGUAAGCAGUGUGAAUUCGUAGCGGUUACGAAACUUAGUUUUUGGGAGCACAGCAAGGAGCAUAUUAAACCAGAAAAAAUGUUAUGCUGCCGCAAAUGUCCGUUUGUAACCGAAUACAAACACCAUCUUGAGUACCACAUGAGGAAUCAUUUAGGAUCAAAGCCAUUUCAAUGCAGUCAGUGCUCGUAUUCGUGCGUCAACAAAUCCAUGCUUAACUCUCACCUCAAAUCACAUUCGAAUGUUUAUCAAUACCGCUGCGCGGAUUGCAACUAUGCAACAAAGUAUUGCCAUUCAUUAAAACUACAUUUACGCAAAUAUCAGCACAACCCUGCAAUGGUACUUAACAUAGACGGCACGCCAAAUCCCCUCCCCAUAAUCGACGUAUACGGAACGCGACGUGGUCCUAAACAGAAGCCACUUUCAAAGAUCUUUGAACAACAAGUAUCCAUGAACAACAAUAGCAGUCAACCGCAGCCCCCGCCACCAACCCAUCCUCUAUUCGGAAGUCAUUUUCCAGUAAAUUUACCUUACUUGCCACCACUUUUACCUCACUCUUUCCUCUUCCCUCCAAACAAUAACUAUGAACAAAGAACAUCACCGAAACAAUGUGAGAUGAUUCCUGAUAAGCAAGCGACGUCACCGCCUCCCUCAAUUUUACACCAACGCCUUUCUUACGGAGAGCGUCCAUCAGAGGUCGGAACUACCACACCACCCGCAACAUCUCCAGCGAGUUUACCUCGCACACCAACUACAAGAAACUCUUCUCCAAUACAAACAAACGACGCUCUUGAUCUUACUAAUGGAAAAAGUAGCGAGGCAGGCUCACCACCACCUACAGAACAACAUGCGCCUGUAACACCUACAACGGCACUCAAAAAUAGAAGAAAGGGUCGUGCUUUUAAACUGCAACCUGCAGCUUUAAGACUACAACAUCAAGAUGAAAAAAUGCGUGAAGCAGAAGCCUCAGAUUCUGAAUCCGACGAAGAAGCGCCACCAACCACGGCUCAAAACACUUACUCUUGUCAGUACUGCGAUAUUACUUUCGGCGAUCUUACAAUGCACACGAUACAUAUGGGUUUCCAUGGUUACAAUGAUCCCUUCAUGUGUAACAAGUGCGGAGAGAGGAGCGGCGACCGCGUCGCCUUUUUCAUUCAUCUCGGCCGAGCUCAACACGCCUAGCUUUUCUGAGUCGCUUUGUAAUAAUCCUAGUCAACACAUUCUUAUCUAGUUAUGUGAGCCGAAAUGACGUUUAACUAUAGAGUUGUAGAAAAGGGUAAAAUGUAGAUAGCGUCAAUUUAGAAUUUAAUUUGAUACGAGUUCUAAAUUGAUUUAUACGGCCAAAGAUUAUAAGUACAGCUGAGAAUCAUGAAUACAAUCUGUUCUUAUUCUAUUUUAUAAGAGAACGUAAUUAUAGUAAUAACGGUGUGUUUGUUAUAAAUAUUUAUUCUUUAUUCUGUAUUCAAAAAUUCGGACUAUGUAAAAUUACGUUCCUCUAAUUUGUAUAUAAGUAGGUAUCUAAAUAGGUAAAUGUCGGUAAGCUUGACAUUAGUAGAUAGUUUAGAAGAUAAUUAGGUUAGAUUGAAUACAUAGACAUGUGUUUAACCCUGUGUUAUAUAGCAUUUAGAAACGUGUGACCAAUAUGUAAACAAGACUGUAUAUCUUGAUUAAGUACAAAAGAACGAACAUGUUUCCGUUUUGUUUUACCUGAAUUUCAUCUUAAUUUCUUAUUAAUCGAUAUAUUACAUGUUUGAAUAAUACCUAUACGAACUUUAGAGCAACAAUUAAUGAUAAAAUAGUUAACUGAACAAUUUAUAAUCAGUCUGAAAUGUAUUAUAAUAUGAAUAGAUUAUUUAAAAACAUUGUACAAUAUUUUAAAAACGGUGAAGUUACCUAUUAGUUAAUAAAAGACGUAGGAAUAUGCUAAGAGUAGCAAGGUAGGUGUAAUGUAAUAAUUAUUUAAUUAAGCGAAUCAGAGUGUAUUUAUAUGAACCGAGAAGAAUUUAUUUUAUUUAUUUAUCCAAUGGUGUAAUGUGUGAUAAUGUUGUUUUACAUACUUGUCAGGUGGUACGUAGGUACUGAGAAUUUCUGUUUUAAGAACUAUCGUUUACACAAUGGUGAAGAUGUUGUAUUGUCAUUGCGGAUGUCUGGCUUGGAAUUAUUUUUCAUAAUGCGAUAUGUAAGUACAAUUCUUCAUUCCAUGUUUGGGUUACAGGUUGUAAUAAUUGAUAGACUAUUUUAGUACAGCUUAAGUUACAUUGCUGCGUCGAUUAAAUAUUUUAAAUAACAAUGUCUAAUUUGACUACUUAUAAUAUCCAAACUUUUAAAAUGUCUGAAACACAAUUUACAUAUAUCUACCGAAAAAUCAUUAUUUAACAACCAAAGGUUUCUUAGUUUCUUACAUUUAUACACUAUAAAUAUUAAGUCGAAGCAGCUGUGGUAACUGGCAUUAAAAUUCGAAAUUGAAUUUCUUAUUAAGUACCAUAUUAUGUACCUUCUUUAAUGUACACAAAAUGUAAAAUGCAAAAUUGUGUAAUUAAAAAUCCAAUAGAAUAUCUGUGUAUGAUAUUUAAGUUAUUGAAAGAAAUCGUGUUUAUUAUUAUAAUUAUUGGAGAGAUUCCUUU